AUGGCUAGGAUGGAAGCAAUGCUUGCAAACCUCUGCAAAGAAGUUGAAGACAUAAAGAAAUUCAAAGAAGAAGAAAGAGUGAACAUGAGCAGCAGAGGAGCAGCUCUUAAGAAUCUCGAGUCACAGGUGGGAUACCAAUCUCAAAAAAUCCCCAAAUCUACUGAUAGCUUCCCAAGUGACACUGAGAAGAAUCCAAGAGAAGGAACGCAAAAGGUGACAUGGGAAGAAUGCAAGGCAGUAAGCCUAGCAAGUGAGGAGGUUAGGGAAGAAGAGUUUGAGCAAAGGAAUGAAACUGCCCAAGAGAGAGAAUCACAAGAGAAACAAGAUCUGCAACCAUAUGUGCCACAAGCACCAUUUCCUCAGAGACUAAGGAGAGAUAUGUUUGCAUCUCUCAGUGUCAACAUUCCCUACCUCGAAGUCCUCAAACAGAUGCCUACGUUUGUCAAGUGGAUGAAGGAGCUACUAGCCAGGAAGAGUAACCUGAGAGGUGGCCAAACAGUGGUGAUGAACAAGGAAUGCAGUGCUCUCAUUCAGAAAGACUUACUCCUGAAGAAAAAAGAUCCAGGAAGCUUUCAUAUUCCCUGUAUCAUAGGAGAAACAAAAAUUGACAGAGGAUUUUGUGAUCUAGUUGCUAGCAUAAAUGUAAUGCCUCUAUCUCUUAUGAAGAAGUUGCAAGUCCAUGAGGUGAAAUCCACUAAUAUCAUCAUACAAUUGGCUGAUAAAACUCAGAAGCAGGCUGAAGAAAUAGUGGAAAAUGUGUUGGUAAAAGUGGGAAACUACUACCUCCCCACAUAUUUCGUUGUUCUGGACAUGGAGGAGAGCUACCUCCAUCCAACUAUUCUGGGGAGACCAUUUCUAGCUACUGGUCGAUCACUCAUUGAUGUAGAACAAGGAGAGUUGAUACUGAGUGUACAUGAUGAGUAG